AUGCCACUCUACAAGCCUUCUAACCCCGAUGUCCACGUUACGUCGCAAUUUUCGCUAAAAGGCAAAAAUGCAGCUGUAACAGGAGGCGUCCGCGGAAUUGGUCUUGCUGCCUCUAAGGCCCUCGCUGAAGCUGGCGCGAACGUCGCCAUCCUGUACACUAGCACUAAAGAUGCAGAAGAGAUCGCAGCUAAGCUGGCAUCCGAGACUGGCGUUACGGUCAAAGCAUACAAGGCAUCAGUGGAAAAUAAGGAUGAAAUCACCACAGUUCUCAACACUGUUGCCUCGGACUUUGGCUCCCUAGACAUUGUGGUCGCAAACGCGGGCAUUGCGUCCCACCAUCCAGCUGAAGACUACACCGAAGACCAAUGGCGAGCGAUCAUGAACGUCAACCUUGACGGCGCGUUCUGGACUGCUCAAGCCGCGGGCAACAUCUUCAAGAAGCAAGGCCGCGGAAAUCUCAUCUUCACAGCUUCGGUAUCGGCCAUAUUAGUCAACGUCCCGCAGAAACAGGCCGCAUACAACGCGUCCAAGGCUGGCGUUGUGCAGCUCGCACGAUGUUUGAGCGUUGAAUGGGUCGAUUUCGCGAGAGUCAAUUGCAUCAGUCCUGGCUUCAUCGCGACGGAUAUGCUGGCAGUGCACCCACAGGAAUGGAGGGAAAAGUGGUUUAGUAUGAUACCAGCGAACAGACUAUGCGACCCAGCGGAGUUGAAGGGCGCAUAUGUCUUCCUAGCGAGCGAUGCGAGCACAUAUAUGACUGGCGCAAAUAUUGUCAUUGAUGGAGGUUAUACUUUACCAUGA